AUGGCAAGCUGCCAGGUGCAGGGCGAGCCCGGCCUCUACGGCCUGGGCAUUCGCGUCGCCUUCUACAUCCAAUGGUUCGGCGCCAUCGUGGUAGAGUACCUCGACAUGACAGACCUCCCCGACAUGCGCCUCCUCGGCCUCCUCUUCUCCGCCGCGGCCUUCCUCGGCCUCGUCAUACACCUCUCCGUCGCGGCGGCGGCCAGCAGCGUACAGCCGGCCGACGUCUACAUUGUCCUCCUGCUCGCCAUGGGCAUCUACAUCCCGCUCGUCCCGCUCUACCUCUGGAAGACGGUGACGUGCUUCAGCCGGUAUUGGGAUCCGUUUCGGUGGUCUAGGGAGACGCCGAGCCCGGCGUACAAGGGGUUGAAUUUCAUGUUGUUGCUGGCUAUUGCGUCGCUUGGUGUGUGGUAUUGGUGCUCUUUUGCGCCGGAGAACGAUUGUUCUUCGGAGCAGUAUGGGUUCUUCUUUAGCCGCGUGAGUUUAGGCAAUAAGGCGUUUGUGGCAUUUAAUGCCAUCAUGUACUUUGUCAUCCUCUUUGUGUGUGUGCUCGUCCUCCUGCUCAAGGUCGGUUGGAAAGUGCCCUUUUGGAGGGAGAGGCGGAGGAAGCGGAGAGUCAAGCGAAUGCACAUCAUGGCGAUCAAGGAGAUGAAGACGCUGAGCAACGUUGCCGUGGCCGCGACACUUACCGCAGCCGUCGAGCUGGCCGUCGUCUGGAAUAAGAUCCCCGACGUGAAUAACGUCGCGGAUGUGGCGCAGGUCUUGCCUCUACUUGUUAGUGCUGGCUUCCUGGUCCGGAUCCUCUUCCUGCAUUUCGCGGGUGUAAAUGACGCUUCGGAUUCGUCAGAGGAGGAUAGUGAUGGGGGGUCGCAUAGUUACAUGACGGAGUCCCAGGGCGGGUUGCCGCCGGCACCACCGCCUGUUCAUCCGCGGUGA